AUGAAAGUACGCUCGUCUGUUUUUGCUUCCUUCAUUUUGAUAUUUGAAGUUAUUGGGGUUGCCCUCUUUCUUCGGGGAUUUUUCCCUGUUCCCGUCAAGUCCUCUGUAGAAGCCAAAAGCAAGCUGUCUGAUCUUCCUGCGGAGCCGCUGGCCGGGAGCUCUCCUAACUCAUCUCGCCUGCCCCAGCCCCUGUUCAGAAAGCUGGUUAUUAUGUUAAUCGAUGGCCUCCGAGAAGACUUCGUGUUUGGACCCAAUGGUCGGUUGUACAUGCCCUACACAAGGCAUCUGGUGGAAAGGGGCUCCUCGCUCAGUUUUGUGGCAAAGGCAAGACCUCCUACAGUCACCAUGCCUAGGAUCAAAGCCAUUACCACUGGCAGUAUUCCGGGCUUCAUUGAUGUGAUAAUGAAUCUAAAUUCCCCAGCACUGCUGGAGGACAACCUCAUUUGGCAAGCCAAGACGGCGGGGAAGAGGAUUGUCUUCUAUGGAGACGACACCUGGGUGCGCCUCUUCCCCAAACACUUCAUGGAGUACGACGGCACCACCUCGUUCUUCGUGUCAGACUACACCGAGGUUGACAACAAUGUCACCCGCCACUUGGAUAGCACCCUUAAGAGAGACGACUGGGACAUUCUGAUCCUCCACUACCUGGGCCUGGAUCACAUAGGCCACAUCAGCGGACCUCACAGUUCUCUCAUUCAGCCCAAGCUGCUGGAGAUGGACGACAUCAUGAAGAGAAUCCACGGCGCCCUAGUUUCAAAGGAGGAAGAAGGAUCCCUGCCCUACCUGAUGGUGCUGUGCGGAGACCACGGCAUGUCGGAGACUGGCAGCCACGGUGGCUCCUCUGAGCCGGAAAUCAAUACUCCUCUGGUCCUUGUAAGCCCGGCCUUCAAAAGGAAAGUGGGAAUGGAGAAGCCUGGAGUUGUGGAGCAGGUUGACCUGACUCCAACACUGGCCCUGGGAUUGGGUCUGCCCAUAUCACAAAACAACGUGGGUCACGUCAUUCCGGCUGCCUUGGAGGAAACCUCACUCCGAGACCAGUUGCGCUUCCUGCAUCUCAAUGGCCACCAGCUCAGCUGCCUGCUCAAAGACAGCAUGCCUGACUACCAGAAAGCGGCAGGUUUUGAGCAGUUUCGUGUGGCAGAGAAGGCUCACGGGAAUUGGAUGAAGCUUUACAUGGAAGGAAACGCCUCUGAGGUGCUGAGCAACAUGGGCAAAAAGGUCCUGAAGCAGUAUCUGGAGGCCCUCUCUGCCAUGAGCGCCGCCCUCAGCAAACAGCUGGGCAAGUACGACAUGUACUCGAUGAUCGCGGGUAUGGUCUUCGUGUUCCAGCUUUUGUUGUUUUUACUGCUGGCUCUGCCAGAAGCCCUCAGUGGUGAAGCAAUAGUGGACCUCCCCAUCCUCUCCUCAAUGCUCUCCCUUCCUUUCUACCUCUUAUGCCUACUUCUGGCCUCAGUGCACGUUCUGGUGUGCACAUCCACGGAGAGCUCCUGCUACUUCUGCAGCCUCUCCUGGGGCCUUGUGUUUGCUGCUGUUGCCCUUUCUUCUGCAAUGUUUUGUAUUCUGAUCAAUAUGGCGACGCGGAGGCUGCCCAUUGGACCAAAGAUUCAUGGGAGGUCCCCGCUUAGGAGCAAUAGUAGUGAAUGGACGCUGUCAGAGUUGGAUGUUUUGCUGCUGGCCGGCACCGUUGGUCACACACUCAGCUUAGCGGCCAGUAGUUUUGUCGAAGAGGAGCACCAAACGUGGUACUUUCUCCUCAAUACACUCUCCCUCACAGUCUUCCAGGAUGUUUGUCGGAAGUACUUCAGAGAGGAGAGGGGCUCUGAAGAUGAAGACGAGCACAUCCUCCCUUCCAGAGACAAAGAAAGCCAUCCCUUUGCUCCCUCUAAAUCUAAUAUUUACUUGGAGAAGUGGCUGGCUUUGGCCGUGCCCCCUUUCACUCUGGUUUGCUGCAGACUGCUGCGGUCCCUCAACCAAACGGGAGUUCAGUGGGCUCAUCUUCCUGAUGUGGGGCAUUGGCUGAACAGCUCAGAACACAAGAUGGUACUCUCCCUGCUCUCUGCUUUCUGCUUGGUUCUUAUCUACUUCCUGGUUCAAAGAUGGUGCUCGUGGGUCUCCAAGGUGGCCCUGGCCCUCGGGCUUUUAGGUGUCUACAGCUACCGGGCAGCUGUUGGCAACGUCCUGUUCCCCUGGCAACACACUAGUAGAACUACGUCCAGGUAA